CACAGUUAAGUUAAAUUACAUCUCGGCACCACAUGAAUGUUAAACAGAAUGAUUUAAGAAUAUACCUGAAAUUAACUCUGGGUAGGGACAGCAGUUUAUUGAUUAGUUAGUUGGUAUUUUUUUUAAACUUUUCUCAGGUAGAUAAUACUGGGUUUUAAAGGUGUUUUGUUAAAAUUAUAUAAACGUCAAUUCCAUUUUUGUUGAAAGAAAUAUAGAGGAUGUGUGCUCAGCUUAUUGUUGUCUUUUUUGUUGUUAAAUACAGAAGAUGAGCAAUUCUGAGGGUGCAGAAGAGAAUCUUUAACAAUAUUCUUCUACAAGUACAAAAUAUGGCAGAACAGAAGGACAAAUCACAGGGAGAAUUAACAGAAGAUCCAAUGGAGAGAAAUGAAAUGGAUUUUAAUGAAAAUGCAGCAGAAAAUGGAAAUGAAUUUGACAGGAACACGCAGCUGAAGACAUGCACUGAUUCUUCCAACGAUUCAAAUGCUCCAACGUUCAGCCAGAAGAGAUCUACCAAAGGAAUUUUUAUUUCAUAUGGAAAUAAUGCCGGGUUCCUGGAGAGACAAUUUGUUUGUGAGACAGUCAGGCAGCUUAAGGAAAUUAACUUAUCUGAAGACAUUUGGUUUGACAAAGAUGAAGUGGAUAUUUCUUCCUGUAUGUGGUUUCCACAGCGGAUUGAAGCCUUGGAGAAAUGCAAGGCUGUGAUACUAUUCCUUUCUCAAAGUUAUUUCCAAAAUAAAGUGUCUCUCCUAGAGAGCAAAAUACUAUUGAAAAGAUUACAAUCAACCGAGAGAAGAGUUCAUGUAUUUCCAAUUCUUUACAAUAGGGUGGAGAUACCCAAAUCAUACUCACAAUUGUUGGAUGGAGCAUUAGACCUUUCAGGAGCGCAGGUGGCCAAAACAAGUGUGUCUGAAAAAAGCUCCAUAGUAAUAGGAAGCCUUAGUGAAAAGAUUGAUAGAUAUGUCAUUAAAGCUCCAGUUUCCCUGGUUACAAACCAACUGUCUGAGAGGCUUGGAAAGUUCAAAGGUAAAAGGCUUGCCACAUGGUCAGUAGAGGACACACAGGAAUGGCUUCUUCAUGCUGGAAUCAAAGAGUUUUACAGACAAUCUUUUGCAGAACUCAUGAUGGAUGGAUUUCUGAUGUCGUCCCUGACAGAUGAAGAUCUGUCUCAGUUCUUAGGUGUUGACAGCCGAGGUACAAGAAGAACAAUUCUGCACCAAAUAGUAAUUCUUCAAGAAAGAGAGAAAAAGCUUCCUGACAGCUGGCACCUGCAAGCGAAGUCUGCACGCCCUCGGACAGGCACUGUCUACUUAAUUUAUGACCCUGCUGAUACAAACUUGGCAAAAACCCUGAGUACUGAGCUACAGAAGAACAAACUGCUGGUAGUAUACAGCGAAUAUUUAGGCCAAUCCAAAGAAGAGUUUCUUAGAGAAAAUGGACCUCACAUGUCUUUAGCAGCUAAGGUGGUGUUGGUGUUGACAGAAGCAGAAGCUGGGUCUCCCAUUGUAUAUCUUCAAGUUCUCUUCUGUGAAUGGUUGGGGAAAGCAAUGAUGACAGCAGUCUUCAGGAACUCUUGGGACAGACUUCGUCCAAGCCUUAAAGUAAUUCUUGGUGAUAAGUCAGCUGUGGAUUUUGAGAGACAGCUGUUUCAAGAUGCACUGCCUAUCCUGCAAGACCUACUUCGACCUCGCAGAAUGAUGCCUGGAGUUAUAUUAGAGCAAGCAUACAUUGACAGAAUAGCAGAGGGAGUAAAGCCACUGCAAAACCUUGCUUCUUCAUCUGCAGAUGUAGUUUACUGGCCAAUUGACAAUGAAGAAAUUCAGCCCAAGAUAUUCAUCAGUUACCAGUGGGAUGUUCAGACAAAGGUGCAGGAGAUAAGAACGUUUUUGGAGCUCAAUAGCUUGUGGUGCUGGGACGAUUUAUGUAUUAGGGGACACUCAAGUAUGAGCACCCGAAGUGUAGCAGCAGAUCCAACCACAGAAACACUUCAGAACAAAAUUCAUAGGCACAUGAAGGCAGCCGCAGUGGUAUUAAGCUGCUUCACACCCAAGUAUAUCCAUUCUGACAACUGCAAUAAGGACCUCCAACUGGCAAUGUCGCUAAACAAGCCUCUAGUUCCUGUUUUGCUGCAUUUCAUGCCUUGGCCCCCUGAAGGUACCACAUCCAGCAUCCGCAGGUUUCUCUGCCAAUUUGCUACCAUUGACCUCAGCAAUGAUAAACUCUUUAAACGGAAUCUCCAUCUGCUCUUGAACAGAAUUAAAAAAUCAUUAAAAAUUAAAGAGCUCUGAUGGAUCUACACCUAUUCUCACAAUGCUUUGCUCUGUCUAGUUUUACUUAUUAACACUUAAUCUGACAUUACAAGGAUGAUAAAUUGCUCUGGCAUUCAUGUAAUUUAUAGACAUUGCACUGAUUUGGGCCUCAAUUUAUCACUGAUGGCAUCAAACAUAUUCUUCACUUGGAGGCUACCUGUAAUGUAGUUGCUGUCUUUUUAUUGUAUUAUUACACUGUUUUGUGUUUAAAGUAUUGGUCCCACUUUAUUAUUUUUAUUUUUAUUAACAAAUAUGUUUCAUUGUUUCUUAGAGUUUGGUUAAAAUAUUUAUAAACAUUUAAAUUCCUUUAUAGAACAGGUAACUGCAUUUCACUGAUAUGAGUUGGAGUUGAGAAUUAAGAAAAGCGUGCGUUUGAGCUGAAAAGUCCUCGUAAAGGUUUACCAUAGCAAAUUUGCAUGCUCAUUUUGCAGUUUUCUCAUGGCUGUACUAUACAUGCAGUAUACAAUAAUUGUCCAUGGUUGUGUUUUAUUAUACUAUGGCAAACUUUUAUGAUUACUAACCAUUAACAAGUAGGCAACCUAGUUACAUCCUUUAUUUAACAAAAAUGACCAGUAAAAAAAAAAAAAGUGAUUCCAAAUUAUGUACCAAAAGGAAAAAAAUAACCAAAUUCUACUGCCCGAUAGUUUGGGAAUUCAUGUAUAC